AUGACCGAAACGACCGAACAACCGCAAACCACCCGCGGGUCCUGUCUCUGCGGGACAGUCAAAUACCAUGCCACUGGGGAACCAGUUCUCAGAAUGAUCUGCUACUGCCAGAACUGUCAGAAGUUUACGGGGUCGGUGGGAAUGGCUAAUAGCAUGUACCUCAAGGAAAGCAUAACCAUAACCCAAGGCCACGACACACUUCGCACUUACAAGGAUAACGCAACCCAUAACGGCUCCACAGUUGAGCGAUCAUUCUGCGGGAAUUGCGGGUCGAACCUGUUCUGCCAAAACAAGGAAACGGCUGCGGAUUUCUUUAUCGUGGCAUCAGGCACGAUGGAUUUGGAAGCUGAGCAGACUUGGGUGCCGGUGGUGGAGUUCUUCUGCAAGGAUAGGAGGGCUUGGUUGGACACGAAUGUGGUGACGAGGAAGCAUGAGCAACUUCCGAAGACGUUUGACGAAAUCUGA